AUUUAAAAUGUAACGAAAAAAAUGGUGGUUCAAGCUGGGUACGAGCCAGCGGAUCAUAGUGGAUUUCAACCGUACGGACCAAACCUUCGCUUGGUUCAUACGGUUCACUCACAGCUUGGAUUGGGCAGUCCAGACCUACGGGUUUGUUUUAGGUACAUUGUUUCGGAUUGCGAUUCAUUAGGUAUUUUGUAUGGUUCACAACACUAUACCAAGACUCCAGAGGAAGCGGCAGCUAAAUCUAUACUGGCAGGUUUGGAUCUAAAUUGUGGUUCUUUCUUGGGUAACCACACAGAGAAUGCGGUCAAGAAGGGGCUGAUCGACGAAGCAGCUAUUAACAAAGCAAUUUCAAACAAUUUUGCGACUCUGAUGCGCUUAGGAUUCUUUGACGGUAACCCGAAGAAUCAGCCAUAUGGUGGUUUGGGUCCCAAGGACGUGUGCACGGUUGAAAACCGAGAACUAGCCGUAGAAACCGCAAGGCAAGGCAUUGUCUUGCUCAAGAACUCAGCUGGUUCGCUACCGCUCUCUCCUUCCGCCAUCAAGACGUUGGCCGUAAUCGGACCAAAUGCUAAUGUCACAAAAACUAUGAUAGGAAAUUACGAAGGCGUGGCUUGCAAGUAUACAACACCGCUUCAAGGACUUGAGAGGACGGUGUUGACCACAAAGUAUCAUCGUGGCUGUUUCAACGUGACUUGCACCGAGGCGGAUUUAGACUCAGCCAAGACUCUAGCGGCAUCUGCAGAUGCGACGGUGUUAGUAAUGGGAGCCGAUCAAACCAUUGAGAAGGAAACAUUAGAUCGCAUAGACUUGAAUCUUCCCGGAAAACAACAAGAGCUUGUGACUCAAGUGGCUAAGGCCGCGAGAGGACCGGUGGUGCUAGUCAUAAUGUCCGGUGGAGGAUUUGACAUUACAUUCGCCAAGAACGAUGAGAAGAUUACAAGCAUUAUGUGGGUCGGAUAUCCUGGAGAAGCCGGCGGUAUCGCCAUUGCUGACGUCAUCUUCGGUCGUCAUAAUCCGAGCGGGAAAUUACCGAUGACGUGGUAUCCUCAGUCAUACGUGGAGAAAGUUCCGAUGACGAAUAUGAACAUGAGACCCGACAAAUCAAACGGGUAUCUGGGUCGGACUUACAGAUUUUACAUCGGAGAAACCGUUUACGCCUUCGGAGAUGGGCUCAGUUACACUAAUUUCAGUCACCAGCUUAUUAAAGCUCCGAAGUUCGUCUCUCUCAAUCUUGACGAGAGCCAAUCCUGUCGAUCGCCGGAGUGUCAAUCUUUGGACGCGAUCGGACCACACUGCGAGAAAGCCGUCGGUGAAAGAUCGGAUUUUGAGGUUCAAUUGAAGGUAAGGAAUGUCGGAGACAGAGAGGGGACUGAGACAGUGUUUCUGUUCACGACGCCGCCGGAGGUACACGGAUCGCCGAGGAAGCAACUUCUAGGGUUCGAGAAGAUUCGUUUAGGAAAGAAGGAAGAGACGGUGGUUAGGUUUAAGGUCGAUGUGUGUAAGGAUCUGGGUGUAGUUGAUGAGAUCGGAAAGAGGAAACUCGCUUUGGGUCAUCAUCUUCUCCAUGUGGGUAGCUUGAAACAUUCCUUCAACAUUAGCGUGUAAUAGGGACUUAUUCGGUGAAUUUAUUUUUAAUGGUCAAAUUUGAAAAGACUAAAA